AUGGCGGAUAACGACUCGACUGCGCAGAUGGCCGUAACCCUCCAGCUUCCCACCUUCUGGGCCCACAGACCAUCUGCAUGGUUCUCCCAUGUGGAAGCUCAGUUUGCCUUGAGACACAUUCAAUCACAAGAAACUAAGUCCAACUUAGUCAUCGUCAGCUUACCGGAAAAUGUGAUCGAAGACGUCUCAGAUGUGCUAGAUGACCCAGCACCGAAUCUUUACGAUCGCCUCAAAACCGCCCUCAUCAAACGUGUUGCACUUACUGACCAGCAGAAAGUGCAAGAACUUUUCAGGGAUGUGCAUCUGGGUGAUCGCAAGCCGACGCAACUGCUUCGUCAGAUGAAGCAGCUGAUUGCUGACUUCAACAUUGA